AUUUAUGUUAGUCUAAUGAAGAGCCCAUCAAGCCCAAAUUCAGUACUUAUAAAGUUAUAAUCUUUGACAAAUUCGAGAAUUAAGAUUCGUCGUUAUCAUAAACCCAAACAACUUGGCAAAGUUCGUUUCGAGUCCCACGAUAUAUGUCGAAAGGGUACAACGAGUCAUCUUCGAAACACAACUUUUAGGGUUUACUUGCGGAAGAAUAUAGGAGAAACCCUAAAUGUUGCGAUUCUUCGAUUUCGCUUCUCGAGCUUAAUUUCAUCACUGGAAAUAAAGGGCUUGGAUGGAUCUCAUGGAUGCCAAAAAGGUGAAAUGUUGCUCGAGAGAUACAAUCAACUCGUUUCCAGAUGAGAUACUUGCUAAGAUCAUAUCAUUUCUUCCGACAAAACGAGCUGCUUCUACAUGUCUUGUCUCCAAAAGGUGGAGGAAUCUGUUUGCAUUGAUGUUUCAACUCUUUUCAUCUCAACAUCAUUUAGAUUUAGACUACUCAGAUUUAGUUUAUCCCGAGGAGGGUAAAAGAGAGAGGAAAGAUGUCGAGAAGAGCUUCGGGGAUUUUGUUGAUAAAACCCUUUCCAGUUACAAUUCCAUAAUAAAGAAACUCUCACUAAAAUGUCCUCGUAGUUGCCUUCAUACCGAAAUAGACCAAUGGCUAAGCCAUGCCCUGGAACGAGGAGGUGUCGUGGAUCUUGAUAUGCGUAUUCCAAUUGGUUUCACUCGUGUGCAAUCAAAGUGGCCUAGUGUUUUCACAAUCAAGACGCUGGUUAAGCUAACAUUAGAGAUAGAGCUCGGUCCAGAACGAAUAUCAUUUUAUCCACUAGUGUUUCUUCCAGUGCUAAAGAGUCUCUUUCUCCAUACAGCUUGGUAUACAUGCGAAGACUUGUGCUAUAAAAUGUUUCCAAUACUUGAGGAAUUAUCCUUACAACACUUACGUGGUCUUCCAGUUAAUUAUCCAACACUUAGAAGACAACGUAGAGAAAGUAAAGUAUACUAUAUAUCCCACAAAACCCUCAAGAGACUCACGUCUCACUACAAUAACAGUCUUGACAACUGUCGCCACAUGCGAUUCGACACACCGAGUCUUGUUUACCUCGACUACUCUGGUUUCGCUCCUACUUCCACUUCAACUGCCAAUUUCUUGGAUUCCCUCGUCGAAGCCAAACUAGAUGUUUUCUUGGAUUCCAAUUUACAUCACGAUGUUAAUUUGCGACAGACGGAUGAAGUUUUAGUGGAUCUAUCUACGAUCAUGAAUUGGAUGCGCAAUGUUAAGACCCUUUCCCUGUCUUCUCUUCUGCUUCUGUUAAGGUCUGAUAUGUAUUCAAGUUGUGGAGGAUUACCUUUCUUCUCAAACCUUGUUAAGCUUCAUUUUGAGAGUAAUACAGAAGAAGGUUGGGAUGUGCUUGGGCGUCUGCUCAACAAAUCUCCAAAGCUAGAAACUUUGGUGCUCAAGGGCUUGCACUGUGUAAGUAGUCAGGGACUCUGCAUUGAUCGAAAUGAAGUGAAGGUGUUGGAGAUACAUGGGUUUAGUGGACGUGAUAAAGAGGUCAGAGAAGUGACGUGCUUUCUGCGGGAAAUGCAGUUUCUUCAAGUGAUGAAAGUCGAAAUUGAUGCUGGUGAUAACAAGAAACUGCGACUCAUCAAUCACCUUCUUGCUCUGCCCAGACGUUCAUCUAAAUUACGGUUCAUGUUCUUGUAAGAUUCACAUUUCCUUCUAGAUUCACAUUUGUCUGAUCUUUGAGAUAUAUAUGAUGCAUGAUGUCUGCGGCAAAAACAUUUAAAAUAAAGUGGGCAAGAUGCAAAAUCAUUGGGCUGUGGAUAUGUGUGUUAUCUAUUUAGGCAAAGUGGUGCAGCGAAGUCACCAUCACCAUAGACGAUGCGAUCUCAUUACAAGCACUGCAAACGGCUCCUGAAUUGGAUGACAUUGUACAUCUAUCUUGACAUUGCAACAUACAUACAGCGUACUUGAAAACCACCGUAGAGCCGCUGACAUACAGUACAAUAGACUAAGUUAAAACCUAUGUUCAUCGUUUGGAAUAGUGUUUGGGAUGAAAAGGGUGGUUGAUCUCUAAGGGUGAUUCGGCGCAUUCCUUGUGGAGAUAGAACUUGCACUGAGGGAAAAUAGUACCCUUUUAUGUCAUUUUUAAGUUUCAGAGCAACCAAAACAAUCAAAUGGAAACACUGAAGGGUGUAAGAAAUAAUGGUGAAUACUGAAUAUGCAAUUUCUGUGGCUUAGAAGCUCAAUGAC